UCGCUGACCGAGCGAUGCGGGAGACCUGGUUGCUGAGACUGAAUAUCCUGGAAUGUCUCCCUGGCAACAGCAUGCAUGGUUGAAGUGUGAUAUUCUGCCUCCACGCUGCGAUGAACAGAGAGUGAAAAGAGAAAGGAGGGAGAGGGGAUCUUGGUUUCAUGGAUUGCUCUGUGGAGAUAUUGUUACAUUAGAGUGAAUCCAAGUAAUGACAUGGUUUCUAAGCACCAGCGGAUUGAGCUUCUCUGGCUGAGCUGCUAUUUAACUGGCUGAGAUGAUGGACUAGUUGGACACAGUUGGUGUGAGAUCAAACAUUUUCUAACCAAGAGGCUAAAUGUUUAUGGCAUUUAUGGGUCUUUGAUGGUAGUGGUUCUUAUUUUGGAAGUGUGUAACUGCGCAGGCUGUUAAGGUAUGCAUGACUGAAUAGGCGAAGUCGAAACUGAAUUUCACUCAGGACUUGGGAGAUGAUGGAUGGAUAAAGGAGGGUCAUGCAGCUGAGUGGAGAGCUUGCAUCCAUCUGACACAGAAGAUCACCCCUACCACACGGAGGAGAGAGGAACCUGCUGGCUAUGAUUCAUUGCUGGAGCCUGUUUGUGUCCACAUUUACAGUAGUAUGCUUCCUACCUGUGUUUUUGUACAUACUGUAUUGUCAAAUUCCCUCUUAUUAUUGAUUGAAUUGAGCAGUUUGUGUAAUGAUUUGGAGGAUGUUUUUGUAGGACGACUUGUAGGACUAUACAUUUAUUUGACCAUGGGGGAGGAGGUGAAAAAGCGCCCCAUCAUUGCUGGCAGAGAGAAAGGGCCUGGACCGGGGCGUUACGCUCUGCCACCAACUAUUGGUUUCAUCGGCCAUGACUUCACCAAGCCAACCAACCCUGCUUACUCCUUCCACGGCAGAAUGAGCAACAACUUGUACGGUGUUGACUCCAGUCCUGGGCCUCAGUAUUACAUUGAUGCAAAAAUCACCCGUUUCGGCAGGGAUGGCAACCCCGCAUACUCCAUGUUGGGCAGAGUGAGAGGAUCAUCAACAGGGCUUUUCCAGACUCCUGGACCUGGGGCAUACAGCCCUGAGAAUGCUCCUCCAUGCAACACCCAGCGCAGACCCCCAUCCUACACUAUGGGCUCCCGCACUCGCUACCGUACCAUCGACUCAGUGCCUGCCCCCAACAAGUACUGUCUCCCUGCUCUCAUGGGCCCCCAGGUUCCCACCAAGCCAGCCAGUGCCAGCUACACCAUGUCAAGGCACUGCAAAUUAGGGGGUCCCUCAGAAGACCUGUCCAAGACCCCAGGCCCUGGUAGAUACAACAGUACAGAUCCAAGUGUCUACCUGCCCAGGCAACCAGCUUUCUCCAUGCUAGGUCGCCAUUGCUUUCCCAACGAUGCCACUCUGAAGCCUGGCCCUGGAACUCAUAAUCCUGAGAAUGUGACUGUCCACAAGCCCCGGGCUCCUGCCUUCUCUCUGGGCAUCAGACACUCUGAGUUUGUCACCCCACUGGUGGUCAAUGUAGCUGACUGAAAAGCACUUCUCACAACUAUGUUCCUCUGUCAUAUGGGACUAGGUUGGAUUCAUCUGCAAAACAAAGAACUUGAGAUGACAAUAGAGAACCAUUUCUACUGCUGUGCUGGCUUAAUAUUAAAUAUGAAAUGAAAGACAUUUAGAUACAGAACAUAUACAAACUUCCACACAGAAAGUAAAGAAAUAUAUUUUAUUUACGUUCUGUCCAGCAAC